AUGACUGUUUAUACCGCAUCAACCACUGCACCUGUUAAUAUUGCUACCUUGAAAUAUUGGGGGAAAAGAGACAAAUCACUUAACUUACCAACAAACUCUUCUAUUUCAGUCACAUUAUCUCAAAAUGACUUGAGAACCUUGACUUCAGUUGCAACUAGUGAAUCAUUUACCGAAGACAAGUUAUGGCUUAAUGGGAAACAAGAAUCAAUCAAUUCACCAAGAACUAAAGCAUGUUUAGAUGAUUUGAAAAAAUUGAGAGUUGAAUUAGAAGAAAAAAAUUCUAGCUUACCAAAAUUAAGUCAAUGGGGGUUACACAUUGUCAGUGAAAAUAAUUUCCCAACCGCCGCUGGUUUAGCUUCAUCAGCUGCUGGUUUUGCUGCUUUGGUUGUAGCUAUAUCAAAAUUAUAUAAAUUACCUCAAGAUAUGUCAGAAAUUUCCAAGAUUGCCAGAAAAGGUAGUGGUUCUGCUUGCAGAUCAUUAUUUGGUGGUUAUGUUGCCUGGGAUAUGGGGGUUAAAGAAAAUGGUGAAGAUUCAAAAGCCAUCGAAGUUGCCCCAAUCAACCACUGGCCAAAUAUGAAGGCUGCUAUUUUAGUUGUUAGUGAUGAUAAAAAAGAUACUCCUUCAACUAGUGGGAUGCAGACUACUGUUGCCACCUCUGAUUUAUUCCAAUGGAGAAUCAAAGAAGUUGUUCCAAAAAGAUACGAAGAAAUGAAACAAUCAAUCUUAGAUAAGGAUUUUGCCAAAUUUGGUGACUUAACUAUGAAAGAUUCAAACUCUUUCCAUUCAGUUUGCUUGGAUUCGUCUCCUCCAAUUUUCUACUUGAAUGAUACUUCUAAAAAAAUUAUCAAAUUAAUCCAUGCUUUAAAUGAGCAAGAAGGUAAAAUAAUUGCUGCUUAUACCUUCGAUGCUGGCCCAAAUGCCGUGGUUUAUUAUGAAGAAGAAAAUGAAUCAAAAGUUUUAGGUUUAUUAUAUAAAUUUUUCAAUAAAGUAACUGGUUGGGAUAAAAUUGAUUCUUCAAAAUUGAUCACCGAUACUGAUAUAGUCACUGAUCCAGAAAUUUAUAAAGGUGUUUCAAGAAUUAUCUUAACCAAGGUUGGUGAUGGUCCUCAAGAUACUGAAGAAUCAUUGGUCAAUGAUCAAGGUUUACCCAAAUAA